GGGCACAUGCAACUGAUGUCCCCCUACGCACUCAACCAACAAGACAAUCCGAAUGCAAAAUCGGGAAAAAUCGACUACGACUACUCCUCUCCUCUUGGCAAAUCCGGUGCGGAUUACCCAUGCAAGGGUCACCUCUCCGCCCUCACAGGGGCCGCCGGAGCUUCUGUGGCAACAUGGAAAGCGGGCAGCAUGCAAUCCUUCACCGUCAAAGGGGGGGCGAGCCACAUGGGCGGCAGUUGUCAGGCGUCGCUCUCCGAGGACAAUGGAAAAAACUUUCGUGUGAUGAAGUCAUACAUUGGUGGUUGCCCCGUCGCUGAUAAGCCUUUUACUUUCACGGUCCCCAAAGGGGCAAAGAGUGGUCCUGCAGUCUUUGCCUGGACUUGGUUUAACAACCAGGGGAACAGAGAGAUGUAUAUGAACUGUGCAUCUGUUACGAUCACCGACGGUGGGAGUGGAAUGGGAGCGUCGUAUCCUGACAUUUUUCGGGCAAACAUCGGGAAUGAAUGCACUACUCAGGAGGGUAUGGACGUGGCUUUCCCCAACCCCGGGAAAGAUGUCGAAAUGGCAUCCACCAGAAUGGCACCCCCUGUCGGCAAUUGCGGCCCGGCCGGACCUGGACCGGCUGAAACGGCGGCGAUGAGCACGGUGAGUACAACCGUAACUAACAGCCCCGCGUAUGGCCCCGCGGGGGAUGCCAAGGCACCCAAGACUAUCCUACCAACGAAGGCUGCUGUGGGCGCUAUCCCUCCAUCUAAGGCCGCAGAAGUAAAACCCGCUGUGUCCUCCGGGACUGCGGUGACCGUGAAGACAUCGCCGGCCCCUACCAGGAGCGCUCAGCCUCCUCUCGAAAGCGUUGGGAGGGCGACCCCCUCUUCCGUAUCAACUCCUAAGAAGGGGUGUAGCUGUGUCUGCGGUGGAUACUCUUUUCAAUUCUCACCGGACGAGUUG